AAAUAACUGGGAGGUAUUUUUGAUAGGACAAAGCAUCUUAAAGACUAUGGGAAAUUCAGAAACAGAAGAAAAGCUAUUAGAUGAAAGCGAGUGUUCAGAAAUUAAAGACUUAAAAUCAGAAAAGAAUCAAGAUAAUGAGAUUGAUAGAAAGAAAGAUAACAUGAAGAUGGAAGGGAAAGAGACGGGGGUUUCUAUUUAUAAUGUUGGGGAUUUGGUCUUAGCAAAGAUUUCAGGUUAUCCUUGGUGGCCAGGAAUGGUUUUUCCAGAAGAUAUUGCACCUAAAGAGGUUAUAGAUGCACGGCCAGUGUCAAAAAAACGUAGAAACGGUAUGGAUGUUCAAUAUUGGCUUGUAAGAUUUUUUCCGGAACCAGAAUUUAUAUGGGCUUCUAAGAAUGAUAUAAGGCCUUUAACAAUGCAGAUGGUUGAUGAUUUUCUUUCAAGAAAAAGUACAAAAAAAGAUAUACGAAGAAGUUAUGAAAUUGCAAAAACAUGUCCAACGGUUGAGGAUUUGCUUGCUCAGCAAUCCCUUGAGAUGGAAGAUGGAUUGGAGAAAGAUGAAGAUGAAGAUGAAUUUAAUGAUAAUUUAAAAGAUGAUAACAUUGAUGAUGAUGAUGAUGAUGAUGAUGAUGUGAUAAAAGGAACGUUAAAACGAAGAAUCGAUUCUAGAAAAGGUGAAAAUAAGAAAAGAAGACACGAAAAUGACCAGAAUAAAACAAAAUUAAAUAAUAAGGAAAAGGCGAUAACUGGUGAUUCUCAAAAGAAUUUAAAUAAAGUUAUGAAUGGGAAAGUUAAAUCAGAAGAAAAUUCUAUUAAUUCUUCAGAGCAAUCAUUACAAAUAAAAUGGGAACAAAAAAGACAGCAUGUUUUAUUUUUUAGACAUAAGUUGCAAAGGAUUAUGCUUACUAAUGAAAGAAUUCCCUCUGAGACUGACAUGUCUAUAGUAAAUGAACAGUUACAGAAGUUAGAGGCAUUUAAGGGAAUUGAUGCUGAAAUUUUAAGAGCUACAAAAAUUGGAAAAGUUUUAAAAAGAAUUAUCUGCAUUACAAAUAUACCUGGUGAUGAAAAGUAUUUUAUUAAAGAAAGAAGUAGAAAAUUGCUCGAUUCAUGGAAAAUUAUGCUAGAAAAGCCUAAUGAUAUUGGUGAAGAUCAAGAGGAAAAAGCCAGUUCUGAAAGAAUAUAGAUUCUGAUUGUCAGCCAUUAAAUAAGGAUAUCUAAAACAUCUUGGA